CUGGCGGCGGCGGCGGGCGGGUCUCUCUCGCUCUCCGGCCGGGCCAGGCGGCGGCGCCCCCCCCCCGCUGCCCUAUGGACGAGCACCGGAGCCUGCUGCGCUCGCCGGCCGCCUCCUCCUCCAGCAGCCACCACAACCCGGGCUACACCGAGCCGCCGCCCCCCCCCGAAGCCCCCCAGCCCGGCCCCGAGCAGGAGGAAGCCGAGGAAGAGGAGGGCGGCAUGACCGUGGUGGUGGGUGGGGGGGACCCCCUCCUGGAGGAGCCCCAGCACCCCCACCCGCUGCUGGCGGGGGAACGCUACGACCACCCCCCGGCCCACGUCCCGCCGCCCCCCGGCCACCACCCGGCGGGGGGCGGGGAGCACGAGUGCUGCGAACGGGUGGUGAUCAACAUCUCGGGCCUGCGCUUCGAGACCCAGCUCAAGACCCUGGCCCAGUUCCCCCAGACCCUGCUGGGCGACCCCCGCAAGCGGAUGCGCUAUUUCGACCCCCUGCGCAACGAGUACUUCUUCGACCGCAACCGGCCCAGCUUCGACGCCAUCCUCUACUACUACCAGUCCGGGGGCCGCAUCCGGCGCCCGGUCAACGUGCCCAUCGACAUCUUCUCGGAGGAGAUCCGCUUCUAUCAGCUGGGCGAGGAGGCCAUGGAGAAGUUCCGGGAGGACGAGGGCUUCAUCCGCGAGGAGCAGAGGCCCCUGCCUGAUAAGGAGUUCCAGCGCCAGGUGUGGCUCCUCUUUGAAUACCCGGAGAGCUCCGGGCCGGCCAGAGGCAUUGCCAUUGUCUCAGUCCUCGUCAUCCUCAUCUCUAUCGUCAUCUUCUGCCUGGAGACCCUGCCUGAGUUCAGGGACGACCGUGACUAUGAGGGGACAGGGGGGACCUUCGGCACGAGCAGCGGCCCCUUGGCGAUGGACGUCUUCACCAACUCCUCCUCCUUGGCUGUCUCGAUGGUGUCAUCCUUCACCGACCCCUUCUUCGUGGUGGAGACACUGUGCAUCAUCUGGUUCUCUUUUGAGUUGCUUGUCCGCUUCUUUGCCUGCCCCAGCAAGGCCACCUUCUCCAAGAACAUCAUGAACAUCAUCGAUAUUGUGGCCAUCAUCCCCUACUUCAUCACCUUGGGCACGGAACUGGCUGAGAGGCAGGGGAAUGGCCAGCAAGCCAUGUCCCUGGCCAUCCUUAGGGUCAUUCGGCUUGUCCGGGUCUUUCGUAUCUUCAAGCUCUCACGACACUCCAAAGGGCUGCAGAUCCUGGGGCAGACCCUCAAGGCCAGCAUGAGGGAACUAGGCCUCUUGAUAUUUUUCCUCUUCAUUGGUGUCAUCCUCUUCUCCAGCGCCGUAUACUUCGCAGAGGCGGAUGACCCCACCUCAGGCUUCAGCAGCAUCCCGGAUGCCUUCUGGUGGGCGGUGGUGACCAUGACCACGGUGGGCUAUGGGGACAUGCACCCAAUUACCAUUGGGGGCAAAAUUGUGGGGUCCCUCUGUGCCAUUGCCGGGGUGUUGACCAUUGCCCUUCCUGUGCCUGUGAUAGUCUCCAACUUCAACUACUUCUACCACCGGGAGACCGAAGGCGAGGAGCAAGCCCAAUAUCUGCACGUAGGGAGCUGCCAGCACCUCUCCUCUACGGAGGAGUUGAGGAAGGGGCGUAGCAAUUCCACCCUGAGCAAGUCGGAGUACAUGGUGAUAGAGGAGGGGGGAAUCAACAACACUGCAUUCAAACAGGCUGCCUUUAAGACGGGCAACUACACAGCUACAAACAAUCCCAAUUGUGUGAACAUCAAAAAGAUCUUCACUGAUGUUUAAAAAAAAACCACCCAAGCCUCCGAGGAAAUGUUGAAAUAAUAAUAAUGCAAAGUGACCAUGUAAUCAGUAUUAUCUGGAACAUGCAUCAUCAUUGGUCUGUGUGCGCUCGUUUUACAUCUAUAUUUUUUAGAUCAUUCCUUUUAAAGAACAAAGAAGAGGAUUACAAAAUAAUUGGAAGAUAAGAGGAUGGCGGUGGCUGCGGAAAGGAAGAUAAUACGCUCCCCGUUGAAACAGGUGUUUAUUCUGCAACACAUUGCAGGGCUGCUUUGUGGGGGUUUUUUGUGGGCAGCUUGCCUCUUUUCUCGCUUUUGCAAAGAGUCGCUGUGUAGCCUGUUUCCCUUUCCAUCACAUACACAUGCACCUGUUGGACUGAAAACCGUGAGUCAGAAGGGAAGAAAAUAACAUUAUAUUGCAAAGCCUGUUUGCAGGCAAGGGGAGGGAAUAACCAUUUAAUUUUGCAAAGCAUCUCUGCUACCACAUUGCUAAAUGAUGCUUAAUAUUGAACGUGUGGUGUAUGUCCUUUAUGGGCACCUUUGAUUUCUUUUCUUCCCCAGCCAGAUCGUCUAUGAAAUUCUAAUCUGUUCAGAAACCCAAGUAUAAUCAGUUUCGAUUUAAUCAGAAAAAUGCCCCCAUUCUCUAUUCCUAAUUCCCUUCUCCCACAACCGUAUGGAAUUGUUUCAUCCAACCCGAAAUUCCUGGCUGCAUGGUGUGUAUGGGGAAAUGUUCUUCCCACAUGGAAAGGUUUAACAAUUGACUAACCAAACAGCAUCCUGAGUGUUUGAACAUCCUAUGAUGCCAAUGCAGAUUGGGGAUAGUUAGGCUCCCAUUAAAUCAGUAAUGGGCUUUUUGAAGCGGCUGCAGCCUCAAACAAAACCUAUCAAGAGCCUAGAAACAAAAGGGGGGCGGGUAUUUCUGUCCAUUUCCAAUGCAUCUGAGAUAAGCGUCUGCAUCUAUCACAAGAAGAUUAAAGUGACAAAAUCCUUCCAGCGGAAGUUACUAAUUCGGACCUGAGUGAUGCAGUUUCCAUAGCAACCCUGGUUUCCUGGGAAACCCCAAAAGGUUGUCAUGGUAUCCCUUCACCGCAUCCCCCUUCAUCCUGUGCUGUUUCCACAGUAACCCUUCCAGAUGGUUCCAACUUCUGUGAUUCCACGGAAAAGCCGCUGCCCUGGUAAACCGCACACACGCAUGCAGAGAGUUAAUCCUGGAGAGAUUUAGGAGUAGAAAGUAGUCAUUAUCCUAGAUGCAAGCAUGGUUCUUUAGAUCUGAAACAUUCCUGAAGUCCUGGUACCUACCGAAUCAACAAGCAAAAUGAUCAUCCCUGGAAUGCUGCUGCGCACAUGUGCUGAAUAAAACACCUGUUCAUAGGCAAUAAACGCAACAAACCUCCAAAUUACCCUUGCUAUCCAGUUAAUAUUUGGGCAGUAAAACUGAAAAUUGAUUCUCUAUAUGCAAAUCCAUACAUCUGCUCAGAAGUUCUAGAAAGGCGAUCUCAUCCCUGACGGAAUAAACCGUACUUAAAUGUAUGGUACGUGACCGAGAUUUUUUUAAAAAACCUUCCCUCCAACACCAAACAGCAGUUCCAUUUGCAACCGUAUACGGAACCGAACAACCACACAGGAAACUUCUUAACGCAAAAGGAUAUCAAUCUUUUGACCCUGGGGAUGUGUGGAUGGGGAGUAAGCAGAGAUCUGUAAAGUGCAGGGGUGCAAAGUAACCAAAACCCUGUGGGAAAAUAUGCCUGCCUUGUCUCAUCCAAGUCAGCCGCUGUGGAACAUCAGACAGAAACAGGGCACGAAGAUUUCAAAGGUUCUUAAAGGGGAUCUGUGCGCAAGAUGUGUUCCACUUUGCCUUAAAAAAAAAAAAAAAAAAAGAAAAAUCCAAACACUGUCUUUCUUUCAAAGCUGUUAUUUACUCUGCCCAACAGAAAACAGAAGUCGUCUCAACGUAAGAGCUACAAAACUAUAGCUGGCCAGUAAAAUAUUUAUUAAAAGAAUCAGACACAUCAAGAAUGCAGUGACUAGUUAUAUUCUGAACAUCAUGGACUGAACGGAUGGAUGGAUGGCCUACCCUCUUAUGUAUGCAGUACUUUAACUUCUAGUGGCAUAAAGAGUUCUACAUGUUAUCUGUGUUUUUUAAAAAAGUGCAUUAUGUAGACGGGAACAUCUUUUCAGCCAGAAGAUUAUCUUCAAACCAGGUGCAAUAUAAUAAUGAGACCGAACAAAGCCAGGAAAAGGCAGAAGGGGGCGGAAAGUCACGUGGACCUUAUUUCAGCCUUUAAAAACCACAACAAAAACCCCAUACGCUCAUGAAAGAUUAAACAAUCAGAACGGAAACGUUAAAUAGAGCAGCUAAUAAACAAUCCAAAUGUUUUGUUUAACAAUUCAGCUGCUCUAUUUCAAAUGACUUAAUCACAGGCUGCGUCCAGCCAUGAGAAAUGAAUGAGUAAUGUUCUAUUUUUCUGUGGAAUGUUAGUUAUAACUAGGUAUGUUCUGUACCAAAGGAUUUCCAGUUUACUCGAGCCCUGAUUACACUAGGAGAAAAGGGUAACAUCAUCCACUGAUGCUGAAGAGGAAGGUGUUGAAGCGUCAGCUAACAAGCUGUGCCUGGCUUUAAAAAGCAAUUCAGUUUAAAAGAAAAACUAAAGAGUCCAGGUCGAUCGCUGUGGGAGCGAGGGGUGACUAAUAGUGACCCUAGCAUCACCAUAAUUCACUCCUCAUUUCACAGACAUCCAUUCUCCCUCUUCCACAGCAUGUUGAACGUUAUCAGGAGUGCAUAUUGUAGUAUUGGUUUAUAAUACUAGAAUAAAAAAAGGAGUCCGUAACGUUAUUCAUGUAACAACUGCUGUUUUAUUUUACAUCAGUUUGUUAUUUUCCCACCGACAUCCAGUGCACCGGGGUUAAAGAGAGAAGCAGCAAAUCAUUCCUUUAGCAUGCUGAUAAAGUUGAACCUCUCACGUUCGGAGUGAUGUCUGAGAGACACGCGGCUGGGGACAAUGUUGUCAGCAAGUAGGUGAGCAAUUGCAAAGGGAAGGAGAGUGCCUCACAAAGAAUCCUUUGUUCGUUGACUGACCGUUACGAUACUUGGUUGUUUUUGCUAGUAACGCUACUGUAUUAAAUAAAGCCCAGAUCUUAGCUUAUGGCCGAGGAGCCUACAACAUCUAUCGGGGAAAUGGGUGUGAAAAGAUAGCAUAAAGCUCACCUUUACAUUCCCACCCCGACUGUAUACUAGUCGGGUCCCGUGGUAUAAAUUAUGCUGGCUGGAAAGGACUUCGGGAACAUCUACACAGCAAACAAACUUCGGUGGCUGGCCUGGAUCAGCUGACUCAGGCUCACAGGGCUCUGGCUGCAAAACUGCUAUGUAAAUGUUUGGGCUAAAUAGCAGCUAGGGAUUGAGGAAUGCAGGGAAGUCCUGAGAACCCCUCCUACUCCACCGGCAGCAGGAAGCGGGAUGGCCCAGGGGCUGUUGACUGACUGUGCCACCCCAGUAUCCCCGGCCCUGGUUACCCCAGUAUCCCUGGCCCUGGUUACCCCAGCACCAGCUCUUGUAUCAGCAGCUGCACGCCACAGUGGAGAUGCUUGUCCAAACCCUGCUCGGGCACAUGGGACUUCAGUACAGCAUCCUCUGCGCUGAACUCGUUGCUCUGAAGCGUGGGAAGAUGCCACGGUGGGCUAGGAAUCUUAAGGUGUGGAGAUCAGCGAGGUGCAAUUGUAAUCACUGCUUAUUGGGAGAACUAGCCAUAGGCUUUCCCCUUCCUCCCCCUAAUAUAUGUAGCGCCCAGCUGCAUUCUAAGCAAGGGAUUCUUCUCCCCGUCCAGAAGCAUAGCCACGUGGGAGAUCAGGUGGGUGUGAGGAGCGCUAGCAUAUCUGCUGUGCCUGUGUUUUCCCCGAGGACAGUACAGGGAAAUAGCAGCUCUCUGUAUUUUGAUGAUAGGACUCCAGCAGAGCCAAACUGCGAAGAAGCAGACAAGCCCCAACGUGUUGCUCUAAAAGAUUCUCCCCGCCCACAGUUUGUUUUCAGACAUUCAUCCCCCUGCAUCGCUCCAUCUCACGCCCUGCCUACAUCCACUCAAAGCUGUGCCAAACACGGACGGUACUUCGCGGGAGGAGUAGGGUUAUGACUGCAAGGGGUUUUGAGUCUUGUAUAAAAGGAAAUAUCGUAGACAGGGCCCGAUCUAAAGCCUGUUGAAGCUGAUGGGUUUCCGAUGAGGCUCUGCAUGGUAUUACUUAACCCCCCCCCCCCAAAAAAACCCCACCCCAUUGUUUAUUUUUAACCACAUCACAGCAGCUGUUUUCGCAGAGGCUGCUUGUCAACCCAGAUUGGACUGGCUGAGAUGGAGUUGGUUCUGUCUGCCGUGGGGGAUGCAGAAGCAAGAGCAGAACCACCAACCUCUGAAGAAAUAGCAUGAACAAAGGCAGUGAAACCACGAGGAGUGACGACCCAAAAGAGAACAACAGCCCCAACGGAGACUCAGCAUCCCAAGAGCAUUUUCGACGUAUAUGCAAUUCAGAUGUUACAGGAAACAGAGUAAAGACCAUUGUCUAUUGUACAGUUGGCUAGAACAAACAUCUCAUCUUUCCCAGCUUUGUAACUAAUGGUAAAGUGAGGUUGGAGCGGAAGCUUACACACACACACACACACACACACUGUAUGUUCACUUGCAUUUCAAACCAGGAUACCAGGCAAUCAGGCCAUGUGGAACAUCCCUGGGCCACGUGCGAGAAAUGCUUCUGAACGGGACUCGGAGUCAGGAAAAACAUUUUAAAAAAUAAAUAUCCUACCCACCCUGGCAUAGAGGCUCUACAAAACAAAAAAUUUCUUGAGAGAAUUUUUUAGGCUACGUAGUCAACCGAUUGGCCUGUGUUUCAUUUGCACUGGAGCUACGAAGAGGAAUCAAACUGAAGUUAACUUCUUCAAAACCUUGGGUUUGGGCUGGAUCGACAGGGGCCUGUUUGUAGUUCACAAUUGCCAGCCUGGUCUGACUGUGAGGCCUGGCUGUUGUAAGAUCCGCCUAAUGCGCAACUGGUGCUCAGUUUAUAAAAUUAGCCGUUGGUGGGAGGGAAUAAUUUCCUUGAAGGGACACCGCUAACCUUGUUUAGGCCUCAAAACUUAUCUACCUGAAAAUUGUCCAUGCCUUUAAGAACAAAACAACCCCACACAUAUACAAACCUCAUCCCUACAAAAUCCUUUUCUUGAAUUCUUCCCUUCCCUCCCCCAAACUAAAGAAAUAUUUCUGCUAGUGUCACCAGACCAGAGGCCACAGGCUGAAUGCCCAUAUACUGUGACCAUCAUCAUUCAUUAAGGCAGGUCUUCUGGUUCCUGAAGACAGUGGUAACUGGAGCUGGGAGUCUGCGUAGCGGGGAACCUGGCAGAGAGUUUGUUCAGUGCACAUGGCCAGUCAGGGGUGUGAAGGAAGGAGAAGGCUAAGAGAACAAACAGAACCCUUGAUCAUUGGUGGCUGAGUGGGCUUCACCAAGUGAAAUCCUCCUGUUUUGGAGAUUAAGAUAGAGCCUUGUGGUUGAGGGUCCAGGACUUUGGAUUGAGCUAGAGGGGGUAGCAAUGGAAGGGAAGAGGUGGCUGAACAGGAAGGGACCGUUUGCUUGGCUAUAAAGCUGGGACAUAGUAAGAUGGAAAGGGAAGGAGGAAGCGUUUGGAAAACAAUGGGCCCUGCAGUUUGUGGAGUUUCUGGCACCAGUUCAAAGUCAGAAUGGCAGGAUGUUCGAACCCCCAUCGCCACUGUACCAGUGGCUCCACAAAGCAGAAGGGAGUGGAGUCCCCAGGCCCUUGGGUUGUAUAAGGAGAAGAGAAUGAGCGUGCUGGAGCAUCCAGGCAUCACGUUGCCACAAUGAGGUACCAUGCUAGUCCAUGCGAGUCAGGCAAACACACCAGGCCCAGCCCUCCUCUCACACGACCUUUCCCCCAGGGCUACUCUGCUGAGUUUAAUGGAACCGCUCCCGAUUCACACCCGCAGGAGAGCGGUCAGGCUGAAUCCUGCAUUUUCACCCAGAUCCGCAAGAAAAGGGGCGUGUUGUAUAAAUGGAGGGGGCCAAACUGAACCCUUCUGAGUUUAUUAAAAACACUUUUUGGGUCAAUUAAGAGCUCAGUCCUGAAGGAGUUAGAGCCCUUACCACCUUUUAAAUGUGUGUGAAAAGAGCUAACUGAAGGAGAGUUUCAAAAGCAGCUGAGUGAUUUAGGAGCACAAGUCCCAUUGACUUUCAGCAUAACACGUGCUCCCAAAUCUCUUAGUGGCUUUUGGAAAAAAAACCCCAAACCUCCCCCUCUAGAGACUGAAGUCCUGCUUGUCCACAGACCAGCAUAGCCUAGAGGUGAAAGGUUCUGUUUUCCAUUACCAAUCCCCAGAGGCAUCUAAUCCCAGAAACUCUGCUUUACGGAAUGAGGCCUUGCAAAGUACAUUUCAAAAAAUUAAAAUAAAAAACAUUGGGCCAGAUCCUCAGCAAGUUUAACUUCACUGGAGCUGGGCUGAUUUACACCAGGCUAGGAUCUGGCCCUUAAACUAAGCCCAUAUCUCUUUAAUUUCCUCUGUAUAUUUUUUCCUUCAGAUCUGUAGAUUCCCACUGGUCUUCUCUCAAUGCCAGCUCCCUCCUAUCAGAGCUAUUUGUGCAUCAGCUUCCUGACCUGUCAAUGGGUCCUUUCAGGGUUGAAAACAAAGCCGAGUUAUGUGGCCCGAGCCUGGUAGGUAACACUCCUCCUCCCCCCACAAGUGUCUCACUUGCAGUGAAGAAUCACAGGAUUCUCUGCUUCUUGUGGGUAGGAUGUUUCAGACUGAAAAGACGUAGCUUCUUUGCCCAGUGGGCAGGAUUCUCAGAAAGGUCUAAGUCAUUUAGUGGCACACACGUCAUUGGGAAAAAAAAAAUAAAUAAAAACCAGUAAUUGACGGAGUAAGGCUGGAGAUUUUUCAAAAGGGCCUAAGUGAGUGAGGCACCCAAACCCCAUUGAAAUUCAAUGAGAGCUAGAAACCUAACUCCCUUAGGCUGCCAAAAGCAACAGUAAGAGGAAAUACUUCAAAGCACCUCGCAUAAUUUGACCAAAAGGAUUUGUGCCCAACACAGAGACAGUCUUACUCUGCACCCGGCCAACAUUUAAAUCAAAGGAUCUGAGGCAUGGGGGCCAGAUUCUGAUCUCAUUUCCACCGGCAUAAACUAGAGCAAUUCCACUGACUUCAGUGGAUCUGCUUCUGAUGUAGCUGAGAUUAGAAUCAGGGGCCCCUGGCUCUUGAUUUGGUGUAAUUUAUGGUCUCACUCUCGAAUACUAAAAUAUUUGUUUACAGUGUUUCCUGCUGCUUAAUAUGCUUGCGGGGUUGGACUCUUGAGUCUCAAAAUGAAAUGAACAAAAGGCUUCAGCAGGUUUGAAGUGAGCCUAAAGCCACUUGUAGACUAGCUCAGAAAGCACUUUUCCACCCCGUGAACAUUCAGGAAUCGAUUGGAUUGCAAAACAGGCUGAGUACCAGUCUAGAGUCCGAUCCAGCACCUCUCAAGUCACGUGGGUAGCCCUUGCUCACACAAGUAAUCCUACUGAUUUCAGUAAGAUUACUUACACGAGUAAGGGGGACAGAUUGGAGCCACACAUUGGCAUAAGCAAAAAAUAAUUUCCUAGAGUGCAUCUCAUCACCAACCUUGGGAAGCAGUCCCAAAGGGGUUCAAUGAUUCUUAAAGGGUUUCUUUUGGAACACUGUAAAGUAUUCCUUAAAAUACAGAGAGGAAAUCCAAUUUUUAAUGGACUCGUACUCAUGUUUUUAUUUUUCAGUGGUGUUCUGGAGUAAUUUUUAUCUGGUGUGUCCGUGUAACAUUAUACCUCAUGCAUUCGCAGUAGCAGCCCAUAUUGUGGACGUGUUUCUGUGGCAUGGUUUGAAGUGCAUAUUUUGACUAGCGAGGGGAUUAAAAACGAGACUCGCUUUACCGCUCGCGUCUGCAUUUGUUGAGUCAGAACGUUCCAUUCCGAGAACAAAUCGCAAUCCCACCUGUGUAAUGCCGUGAUGGUCUCUGUCAAGUAGCAGAUUCACCUGGUGACACAUCCACAGCAGAUAAAAACUUGCCAAAUUUCGUACUAUUUUCAUUACUGUACAUAGAGUUAACAAUGAAACUGACAGUCGGUAAAUGUUUUCAAGGUGUGUUCUAUGACGUUUUGUUGGGUUGGUGUUACAAGCUCGUUGUCAGUGUGCUUUUCUAACUCAUCAAGAAGAUCUGAUACUCUUAGUUCUUCAGUGCAAUGUACUACUUGGGUUAACGCUGAAUAUAGCGUUGUGCGUUUUAGGAGAAUACAUCAUUCGGAAGACAAAGGCUGUAUUGCAUUUUGAAAAUGAAGGCAAAGUAAAAGUGCACCCAGUCACGCCUUCUAAAGGUGAUUUAAUUAUGGCGGCUAUCUGCAAAAGAGCAGAAAUAUGGAGCAUCUUCCUUCUCACAGUCUGAUGCAGGCUACUCAUCUUCGUUCAUAACCUUUCAAAGCCACAUUCUGGGAGAUGCUGGAAGCCUGUGCAUUAUAGGUGAUCUUUAGAAAUUGGGCACCACGCAGUUCUCUUUUGAGCCCAGCACAACUGUUGUCUUCACAGAGUUUAAGGCCAGAAGGGACCAUCAGAUUAUCUAGUCUGACUAGGGUGACCAGAUAGAAAGAGUGAAAUAUCGGGACAGGGGGUGGGGGCGCAAUAGGUGCCUAUAUAAGAAAAAUUCCCAAAAUAUUAGGACUGUCCCUAUAAAAUUGGAACAUCUGGUUACCCUAAGUCUGACUUCCUACACAUCCCAGGCUACUAACACCCCCCAGCACCCGCACACGAAAUCCAACAACCAACAUUAGACCAAGGUAUCACAGCCCAUAAUAGUCUAGACUAUUAGUAAACAUAGGGUCCAUCUUCCAGCCCUGAGCUAUGGACUUUGAUAAGGCAGCUCAUCUGAGUACAGGCAGAAUUUUGCUGCCCUUUCUGUCAGACUCAAAGCUAUGGGGCCAAAUCCUUAUAUGGCUAUUAAGUCACUUGAGCGAUGUUGAUUUACAGCAGCUGAGGGUCUUGUUCAUGGAGUUGUAAGGAUAAAGCAAGAAAUUUCUGAAUACGUUUUGUCAGUCAUCCUAUAGAGGUUGUAGUAAGUGCUCCCUUGACAUAACAGAUAGGAAGGGGCUUAGCUGGUAACCCUACAUCGGUUGGUAUGGGGUGUGAUCCUUUCCUCUCUAAUAGGCAACAUGCAAAGCAUCGAGAGGCAUUGUCACCGGGGGGAUUAGAGUCAGGACUCCUGGGUUCCAUUCCCUGCCUCAUCAGCAAUUCACUUUAGGCCUAGUCCUGUUUCCACUUAUGCCAACAACCAAGCUCCCAUUGACUUUAAUGACACAGAAUUAAGCCCUUUGGACAAGAGCUACAUUCCUUAAAUAUACUCAGAGGUAUAAACCUUUACAAAUGUUAAUUAAGACUCAACAUAAAGCUCAUUAAUAUCCUUGGAUAAAAAAUGGUGUGUGUAAAAGCAUCAAUAUUUACAGUCUAGAUUUUAUAUUGAAAUCAAUAUCUUUCUUCUAAAAUUGAGAAACUUCACAGGAAGUCAAACUCCACCCCUGAUCCUGAAAAGUUUUUGAAGCCAACACAUUCUGAAUCUUCUGCUGUCUUCAUCGCAGUAGUAUAUUUAUCCAGAAAGAGGUCCCUAUAUCUUAGAAGAUUAGAGCAGUGGUCCUAGGGUGAAUUACUCUUUCAAUCUGAUGUUCUGACCUGUCAGCCUUUGAUACAGGUCAAGAAGGUAAUGUACAAUUUGUCUUGGUUAUUUCUCUCCCCUCCCCCCUUAGAGAAACACAGUUGUGUGACUUUAAAUAAUAAACCCCAAACCGUUUUAUCCGCUUUGGCAGAUGAUGUUUAUGUGAUACCUGCUUAUAGUAACAUUUUCAAGCUUAUGUUCCUAAGGUUGGGGGAUCAGAUACAUAAGGAGGCUAUUGCAAAAUAAGCUAGAGUAUGAAUUUAAAGUGCCCUAUUCUGCACUAGCUCCCCAUGCAGGGAUGGCAUGGUAUUUACCAGAGGUGGUUUUUACCAGGCAACCUCAUGGGGUUUAAUUUCAGUAAUUUGCAUUAGUAUAGUCUAAUCAUCAUCAUUUUUCCCCAGUUUAAGGCAGCAUGUACAGUUCCCCGUCUUAAACUAGUGUUUCCCCAGGAAACUGCCAUCCCUGUCCCCACUCUUAUUCUGCACUAUGUCUACAUCUGCGCUGCAACUAGGGUAUCGUUUGCAGCUCAUGAGGACAUACCCAAGCAGGCUUUAAUCCAGCUAAUUUGCUGCAAGUAAUGAGGGGAUGGCAUCAGUGUCAGGGCUGCAUGCACCUGUCUGGCCCCCUUGGGUAUAUACUUGCAUUUCUAGCUUGUGCUGAAGCCCACACUGCUGCGUCCCCAUUGUUGCUUGUCAUGAGCUAGCUAGAUUAAAACUAAGUGAGGGUACAUCUACAUUAGCUGCAAAUGAUCCCCGCUUUCCCCCCCCCCCCCCGCUGCAGCGUAGAUUUAUUUUAAGAGCAUGGAUUAAUCUAAGCCCCACAAAGGCACUUUUAGGGCGGAAUAAGAAAAUCCACAUGGAGAGCCAGUGCACAAUACCUAUUCCAAGCGUCUCUCCCCCCACCUCCCGUAUACAAGCCCUUAGGCUCCCACGAUCAUAUUUAGAUACAGAAAUGAAAGUGACCUGAUUUUCAGGAGUGCUGGGCACCUGAUUCUCCCAUUUUC